AUGGACCAGCUGCAGUACGUCGGAGGAAAGAUUUCCUGGGCUAUGAAACGGCAAGUGCUAUUUUCAGCCAUAUUGCUUUGCGCUACGGACAUAGUGUUUGCGCAGAUUCGGUACUCUAUCCCAGAAGAGAUGCCAAAGGGAUCGUUUGUUGGGAAUUUUGCGAAGGAUUUGGGGGUUGAUAUUAAAAGAAUGGUCAACGGCAAAGCGCGCAUUGUCGCUGGUUUAAACAGCCAGUAUAUUCGACUGGAUGUUGACAAAGGGGAGUUGGUGGUGAUGCAGAGGAUAGACAGAGAAAAGCUUUGUGAGCAGACGGUUCCGUGCUCGAUUAGCUUCGAGGUGAUUCUUGAGAAUCCUUUGGAAAUGUAUCCACUGACUAUCUUGAUCCAAGACCAGAACGAUAACGCGCCCCAGAUUCUGUACCCUGUGCAAACUGGUGGCUCUCUGGUGGCUGAAAUGGUGCCUCGUUCGGCUGAUGUUGGCUAUCUCGUCACUAAAGUGGUCGCUGUAGAUGUGGACUCCGGACAGAAUGCCUGGCUUUCAUAUAAACUGUUGAAAUCGACAGACAGAGCGCUGUUUGAAGUGGGCCAGCAGAAUGGAGAAAUAAGAACUUUACGUCAAGUAACUGAUAAAGAUGCUGUGAAACAAAGACUAACCGUUGUAGUGGAGGACAACGGGCAGCCCUCUCGCUCUGCUACAGUGAAUGUGAACGUGGCGGUGGCGGAUAGCUUCCCGGAAGUGUUCUCAGAAUUUGUCGACUUAACGCAGGACAAAGAUUACAACGACAGCUUGACUUUUUAUUUAGUUUUGGCCUUGGCGGCAGUCUCCUUCCUCUUCAUUUCGUCUGUAGUAGUCAUGAUAUCCAUAAAAGUCUACAGAUGGAGACAGUCGCGCAUCUUCUAUCAAUCCAAUCUCCCAGUUAUUCCUUAUUAUCCGCCCCGUUACGCAGACGCUGGAGGUACAGGAACUCUGCAACAUGUUUAUAAUUACGAGGUGUGCAGGACCACUGACUCCAGAAAUAGUGACAUUAAAUACCUCAGACCCAUCAGUCAAAGCCUUUUGAGUGUUGACAUCGAUGGCACUGAGACCCUGCCGAAGGAAACAAUGUCAUCCUGCGGCGCAGAUCAACCAACUUUGGUAAGUAAAUUGUAA